CAUCUCCUCCACUCUGCUCUACGCCCAUUCUCACUCACAAAAUUAAUCCUUCAAUGGCAGCAAAUCCAAUCUCUCCCUCGCCGAUAACUGCUUCGUCCUCUUCCUCCUCCUUCAACACUCUCUUCUUCGCCAGAACGUCUCUUUAUUCGCCGCCGCGAAGCUGCCGAAUUAGCGGCGGAGUUUUGAGAUUAUCCACUUCCGAAAUCGGGAAAAGGGGCGGAAUUAGGGAUAGGGCUUUUCGAGUGACGAAAUGUAUGGCUUCUGCUGCUCAAUCGUCUCUUCCUCAGGCGCUUUUGUUCGAUUGCGACGGCGUCUUGGUCGACACUGAGAAAGACGGCCACCGCGUCUCGUUCAAUGAAACCUUUGCGGAGAAAGAAUUGGGAGUGACUUGGGAUGUUGAUUUAUAUGGUGAAUUGCUUAAAAUUGGGGGAGGCAAAGAAAGGAUGACGGCAUAUUUUAAUAAGGUCGGUUGGCCUGAAAAUGCUCCAAAGGGCGAACAAGAGAGAAAGGACUUCGUAGCAUCACUGCACAAGCGAAAGACAGACCUUUUCAUGGCUCUUAUUGAGAAGAAGUUGUUGCCACUCCGACCCGGUGUUGCAAAGUUAGUCGAUCAGGCGCUUGGAAAUGGAGUUAAAGUCGCAGUCUGCAGCACUUCAAAUGAGAAGUCGGUCUCUGCUGUAGUUUCAUUCUUGUUAGGACAAUCUCGAGCAGAAAAAAUCCAGAUAUUUGCCGGAGACAUUGUACCUCGCAAGAAGCCCGAUCCAGCAAUUUAUCUCUUAGCAGCAGAUACAUUAGGCGUCGAGCCAUCAAGCUGCGUCGUUGUGGAAGACAGCGCCAUCGGCCUCGCUGCAGCCAAAGCCGCAGGAAUGAAGUGCAUUGUAACAAAGAGCGGGUAUACGGGCGACGAGGAUUUUGUAAAUGCCGAUGCAGUUUUUGACUGCAUCGGCGAUCCACCGGAGGAGCGAUUCGAUCUUGAUUUCUGUGGAAGCCUUCUUGAGAAACAACAAUAUGUGAGUUAAAAAUAGUCGGUCCCAUUUCAUUUUCUUUCUCUACAGUUGUCUUCUCCUUGGCCCUUUCUUUAGGUUUUAACUCUUCAAAUCAUAUAUGAACAUUCUUGAAUCUCGACCUGGAAGGAUCUUCAAAUAUAUUUUAUACUUGAACAAAACUACGACGCAAAAUUUGUACUAAAUUAGAAUAAUUUGCUAUAAAAGAUCUGUAUAAUUUUGUGUCGAAA